AUGUCUGAUAGGAAGAGGAAAGCCUCCAGCUUGGAGGAGCCAGUGUGCGUGCUGUGUGGCCGGUCGGAUGUUGACCCGGACAUCGUAGGGUAUCUUUGUCAGAAGAACGGGAUUCGUGUCCAUUCAUUUUGCCUGCUUUUUGCCACCGGCCUUUAUCAAGAAGACAACUUUCUGUUGGGAAUUUUGGGGUUUUCCCUUGCUGCCAUCACACGCAAGGUCAAGCAGGCAACCCAGAAGCAAUGCUUUGUUUGUGGUGAGAGGGGGGCUGCCAUCACGUGUGCAGAGAGUGACUGUGAACGAAGCUUCCAUCUGCCCUGUGCUGUGGAAGGGGAAUGUGUCACCCAGUUCUUUGGGAUGCACAGUUCCUACUGCUGCAAGCACCGGCCUCGACAGGCAGUUCAGGAAGAUCCAGAACAUGACAUCAACUGCCUCAUCUGCCUUGAGCCUGUGGGGGACAGCACAGCCUACCACAGACUGGUGUGCCCAGCAUGUAAACAUGCCUGGUUCCACCGGGACUGCAUCCAGCUACAGGCCUUCACUGUUGGUGCUGUGGGCUUCCAGUGCCCCGUCUGUCGAGACGAAGAUCUAUUCCAUUUGGAAAUGUCCACCAUGGGGAUCCAAAUCCCUGCCAG